AUGUACAUGCCAACAGCUAUCCGCAGGAGAAUUCUCCGCUACCUCUUUGAGAAUGGUGUUCUCUGCGUCUCCGACAUUCAGUCCGGCACACACGAAGAGCUUGACUGCCUUAACAUUUAUCCAUACCAAAUUGGUCGUGCCUUCGUUACAAAGGGAUUCUGCAUAAAGACAUACGCUUGGUCCCAUGCCUACUACACACUCACAGACAAGGGUAUCGAAUACCUUCGUAACUACUUCGGCCUUCCAGCCAAUGCUGCUCCAGCUACACUUCGCGAAGCCGAGGCUAAGGUUCUCGAGACACGCCGUGAUCGCCCACAAGGCCGUGGCCCACGCCGUUUUGGCAAUGGCCCUCGUGGUGAUCGCCCACAACGUGGUGGUUUCCGCGGUCCACGCCGUGAAGCUCAAGAAGCUCCACAACAAGAGUAA